AUGAAGGCUUACUGGUAUGACAAUGUGUCUGGCGACCAGCGCGAAGACCACGACUCCCGCCGCCCCGUCUCAGAAUCCUAUCUCCAAUCCCUCGGCGUAGUCUACCACCACUUCCCCGAACUCUCCUCCGUCAACGCCUUGGCCGCUGAACGCGGCUACAAAAACCGCGAUGAAAUCACCGUCUCGCCCGAAAAGAUGGGCGCCGUAUACGAAGAGAAAGUGAAAUCCUUCUUUUCGGAGCAUUUGCAUGAAGAUGAAGAGAUUCGAUACAUUCUGGAUGGAGAUGGGUUCUUUGAUGUCAGGAGUCAGGAUGAUGCAUGGGUUAGGAUUCGAGUGGAGAAGGAUGAUUUGUUGAUAUUGCCGGCGGGCAUUUAUCAUCGUUUUACCACGGAUGCGAAGAAUUAUAUCAAGGCUAUGCGCUUGUUCCAGGAUGAGCCCAAAUGGACUCCGCUGAACCGCGCACCGGAUGUGGAUGCUAAUCCCCAUCGUCAGGCUUAUUUGAAGGAGACUGCUGUUGCUUAA